AUGAACAGCAGUGGAAUCAAAGCGAGAGGCAAGAAUUGGACAUCCGGCGAAGAUGAGGCACUUUGUCUUGCAUGGCUGGAUGUUUCCCAGGACCCUAUCGUAUCGACAAACCAAAAAGCUGAAACGCUUUAUGGCAGGAUCCACCAAAAGUUUGGAGAAAUUUGCCGAGAGAAAACCCUAGCUGUUGAUCCGGAACUACGGGGCGUCAAAGGAAUAAAAUCCAGAUGGUCAUGCAUCAACAAAAGUGUGAGCAAGUUUGCUGGCUGCCUGGCCCAGAUUAAAUGCCGACAACAAAGUGGUGCUGCACCCGAGGACGAACUGCAACAAGCGCUGAUGCUGUACAACACAAAGGAGAAUGCACCAUUCAGCCUGAUGCAUUGCUUCAAAAUUUUGGAAAAAGCUCCAAAGUGGAGCCAGCAUCUCACAAUAAAACAGAACUCAACACCUACAACAAAACGUAAACGGUCAACAACUUCUCAGGAACCGGAAGAGGAGGCUGUUGAAUUGCCUGGUUGUGAAGAUGGAAACUCUUCCGCAGCUGGAAGCUCUCGUCCAAUGGGACAGAAAGCAAGCAAAACUGCAGAAGGCUCAAGGAAAAGUUUGGCUGCUGCUAGUAUUGCUAUGGCAGAUAAUGGGAGAGUCCUGGCCAAUUUAACUAAACAAAAGCUCGAGGACAGCAUCCAGAGGACUGCAGCAUAUAAGCAAAUGGUUAAUCAUGCUAUAAUGUCUGUAGACGUGGAGAAAAUGAGUGGCGUUGCGCGAGAAUAUUAUCUGCUUGAGCAGACCCGUAUUCUUAACGAAACCAGAAAAGCGGCUGGAAAUAUCGUGGAGCAGACAUACGAAGAGAUUCUUUCUGAAGUGCCCAUCAAUGAAGACUGCAUCGAAGUCAGCAGCAAGGUUACUUUUUCGGAGGAGCUAACCGAACCGGAGGAUGAAGUUGAUGAUGAUUUGAUUUCGCAGACCGACUCGGAAUAA